AUGAAAUAUUAUACAAAUAAAUAUUUAAUAAAUUUAAGAUAUUAUUUAAAUAAAUAUAAAAAAUUAAUAAAAUAUAAUAAAUUAAAUUAUAAAAAAAUAAAUAUUAUUUAUACACAAUAUAAAAAAUAUAUAUUAAUUAUAAAAAAAUUAAGAUAUUUAAAUAUUAUUUAA